AUGUAUCUGUUUUUUUACUUACACCUCAUAAUGAGCUUUCUCGAAGAAGCGUGUGGUUUUUGUCCUUCGCAAUGCACUUGCAUUUACCAUGGCAGAAGUGAUGGCACUGGAACAAGGUCUGUGCUCUGUAAUGACCCUGACAUGUUUGAGAUUCCUGUGAAUGUUCCUGUGGAUACUGUAAAACUUCGAAUAGAAAAAACUGUCAUACGAAGGAUCCCGACUGAAGCCUUUUACUACCUAGUAGAUCUCAAGUACCUGUGGGUAACUUACAACUGUGUAGCCAACAUCGAUAUCAGCAGCUUCUACAACUUGAAACAGCUGCAUGAGCUACGGCUGGAUGGUAAUCUGCUCUCAACUUUCCCCUGGGAAUCUCUGGCAGAGAUGCCCAACCUGCGGACUCUUGACUUACACAACAACAAAGUGACCAGCAUUCCAGCCGAUGCUGGCAGGUACCUGAGGAACGUCACCUAUCUGGACAUAUCCAGCAACAGGCUAACCACCUUGCCAUCAGACCUGAUGGACAUUUGGCCCCCCUUCUCAGAAGCUGUCCCCCCCAAGAGCACAGACAUUCUGCCAACCCAGAGGGUCAUUUUGGGUUUGCAGGACAACCCAUGGUUUUGUGACUGUCGCAUUUCAAAGCUAAUUGAAUUUUCCAAAAUUGUGGACACCUCAAUUGUCCUUCUUGAUCCACUGGUUUCGUGUAGCGGACCUGAGAACCUGGCAGGGAUCUUGUUCCAGAGAGCAGAGUUAGAGCAGUGUCUUAAGCCAUCCGUGAUGACAUCGGCAACAAAAAUCACCUCCCCGCUGGGAAGCAAUGUUCUGCUACGCUGUGAUGCAACCGGGUACCCAACGCCACAGCUUACGUGGACUAGGUCAGACAAUAUACCAGUGAACUAUACAGUAAUUCAAGAAACACCUGGAGAGGGUGUCAGAUGGUCCAUAAUAAGCUUGACAGGGAUUUCAUACAAGGAUGCAGGGGAAUACAGAUGUAAGGCGAAGAACUUGGCAGGAAUGUCAGAAGCUGCCGUUACUGUCACAGUAGUUGGUGUAGUUACCACAACUGUGUCGCCACAGAAGUAUGGAAGGAAGCAGGAGGCAGAGAGACAGAAUGCCACAGUGGGGGAAUCCAAGAAGGGACCUGAGAGAACCACCACACCUCUUCUCACCCUGUCAACCACCACAGCACCGGUUACCACUGAAAGAUCAACGAGUGCCAGGGUUACUGACAAGAAGCAAUCCAGGCCCAUGGUUGAUGGAAAGAAAAUUUCAAAGGCAGUGACAAAUGGAAGCAAAAAGCAGCCUGGGGAGAUGAGCAAGAAAGGUGAGGAGACAAAGCAGAUCGAGGAGGCAAGUGAAAAAGGUGAAGAGACUUCACUGAAGGCAGCAGCAAUGGCUGAGCAAAAUGUUACUGUGAAGAGCCUAAGAGUGAUCAGUGAAACAGACGAAAGAGUGACCCUAACUUGGAAAACUGUCAAUGCCUCAAGCAACUCCGCAGUGACUGUGUUGUAUUCAAAGUAUGGAGAUAAAGACAUGUUGCCUCUGAGCACGGAUCCUAGUAAAAACAAAGUCACAAUUGAAGGUUUGCAACCUAGUACUCAGUAUAUGGCAUGUGUCUCACCCAAAGGAGUGCCGCCUACAAAAGAGCAGUGCAUUAUUUUCACUACUGAUAGGUUAAAUGAUGAAAGCACAUCUCAGUUUCCUAUUUUGAUAUUGGCCAGCAGUGCAGCAUGCGUGGUUGUUUUACCUUUGAUAAUUUUCUUAUUAUACAAAGUUUUAAAAUUCCAUGUGAAACCCAAAACUGCUAAGGAAGCUGACCUUGCAAAGGAGACCUAUGUAAAGUUUGAAACACUCUCUCUCAAGCCUCGAGCAGUGAAUGCAGGAGGAGAGCUCUGGGCACGAAGGUACACAGAUGAAUCAGAAAGACUUCUCCUCUGUUCUAGGUCAAGUAUGGAUUCUCAAAUGACUUUCAAAAGUGAAGGCUCUAGAUCUGAGUACCUCUGUUGAACAUGGGUGAGGAUGGAGGAGAUGAAAUAUGCAACAGGUAAAAUUAGUCCGAAGUGAUGAUGCUGCAUCUGGAAGCAGGUUGGUGCCAGGUGGUGGUCAGAACAUAUCAUCUGAUAUCACGAACUCUCCUGGAUGGGUAGAGAGGUGGGUAGGAGGGGGAACAGAAGGAAAAUGUUGCCUAAUGAUUUUUCUUUUUUGUUUGUG